AUGGACCGGAUGCGGCGCAAGACGGAAUGCCGCGAGCGUCUCUCCGAAACCGACGCGAUUUGGUUGAUGGACGAGGCUCCUCUUCUCUUUCUCGGAGAACUUGCGAAUCACGACCGCUUUCGCCGGCACCCUGAGCGGGAAGUCACCUUCGUGGUGGAUACGAAUCCCAACUACACGAAUGUCUGUGAGGUGGAUUGCACGUUCUGCGCCUUCUACCGACCCCCAGGGCAUGCGGAGGCAUAUACGUACUCCGUCGAGGAGAUGCUGGAUCGAAUCGGCAAGUCCGUCGAACAGGGAGCCACGACGGUGCUCCUCCAGGGUGGGGUGAACGAGUCCUUGCCGCUCGACUACUACCUGGAUCUCGUCCGCGGAACGCGAGAUCGGUUUCCGGACGUGACGCCGCACUACUGGUCGGCUGUUGAGAUCGAAGGCAUGGCGAAAGUCAGCGGCCUCAGCACUCGUGAAGUUCUGACCCGGCUCAAGGAGGCGGGCCAGGACACGCUGCCGGGAGGUGGCGCCGAGAUUCUGAGCGACCGGGUGCGGCGGAAGGUGUCGCACAAGAAGGGAGGAGCCGGCUCCUGGCUCGACAUCCAUCGGGAGGCUCACGCCGUCGGGUUUGUGAGCACUGCAACCAUGAUGUACGGCCACGUAGAGACAAACGAGGACAUCGUCACGCACCUGUUGAGCAUCCGCGAGUUGCAGGAUGAGUUCCAUGGAUUCACGGCGUUCGUGCCCUGGAGCUUCAAACCCGGAAAUACUCCCCUGGUCCGGAAGAUUCCCCACUACGCGGGACCGAACGACUACCUCCGGAUCCUCGGGGUCGCACGCCUCGUGCUGGACAACUUCGAUCACAUCCAGGCAUCCUGGUUCAGCGAGGGCAAAAAAGCCGGCCAGGUCGGCCUUCACUGGGGCGCCGACGACUUCGGGGGCACCCUGCUCGAAGAAAACGUCCACGCGUGCACUGGUUUCAUCAAUCGGACGAGCAUCGACGAGGUGCAGGUUCUGAUCAGGGAGGCCGGUUUUACUCCGGUUCAACGGGACACCAGGUACCGGGUCUUGCGGCCGGGAGAGACGGCCGGGACUCCCACUUGA